UCGCGGGAGGCAGGAACAUGGCGGGGAGGCCCGCGGUCCCCGCCACACCGCCGCCGGACCCGGACCGAGCGGCGCCCAACGUGGUGGCGCGGAUCUCCCGAUGGGCAGAUGACCACCUGCGUCUCGUCCGGGUACCGCAGCCCCGCCGGCCGGGCAAGAACCUCAGCACCAUAAUGGCCGUAGCUGGAGUAAUGUUACUUCUAAGAAGUGUUCGACUGACAUCAAAAUUCACAAGUUCUUCAGAUAUUCCAGUAGAAUUUAUAAGAAGGAAUGUUAAACUACGAGGACGACUACGUCAAAUAACCGAGAAUGGUUUAGAGAUUGAACAUAUUCCCAUUACUUUACCUAUUAUAUCUUCAUGGAGAAAAGAGCCGUGUGGUGUUUUGCUGGUUAAGUUGGCUGGAGUAGAACUCACUGAAACUGGGAAGGUGUGGUUACAAAAAGAGCUAAAACCUUCCCAAGUGCUAUGGUUCCAACUUCUUGGAAAGGAGAAUUCAGCACUCUUUUGCUACCUUUUGGUGAAUAGGAUGGGACUCUGGGUAACCAAGUGGAAGAACCAGUAUUCAAGCCCAGCUCUUCCUGGCUCCUGAGCCCACACUUCGCCUUAUCUGUCUUUACCUUAUGCUAUUUCCUAGAAGGUGACCAAACUAUACUUUAUGCAUAUUUUGGUAAUUUACUUCUCCUGUUGAACUUUACUCUAGUGUGAGGUUGAAUUUUAAUUAUUCUGAUGUUAGUUCAGCUCAUCUGCUUAUCAUCAUGUACCAAAAGUUACUGCAUUUAAAGGAUCAAAAGGUUACUUUAUUCCUUCAGAUAGUCUUAGAAAAUGUUUCUUAAUAUUUAAACCUUUAGUUUUCACAUUAAAAAAAUUUGUGAAUUACUUGUCUCAUGAAGCUGUAAAAUUACUAACAUGUUGUUAAAAUUAAUCUUGUUAGGUUAAAAUCCCACAAGCAUUGUAGAAAUGGUUAAUAAGCAGGAUCUCCUUUACUCUGUAAAUUAGUGAGAAAAAAAAUCCCAUUUAUCUGGUUUCAUUAGGCAGUGAGGUGUGAAUGAAGUCCUGAAGGAUGAAGAUUCUAGGGCAGGACUGUUUUUAUGUUCAUUAUUUUAUGGGACAUCUUUUAUAAAGAUAUUUACAUGCCAGUGCCUUCAUACACACUGGAAUUCUGAACCUAAUUUAAGAGUUUAGUGGUGAUUCAGUUCAUUUUACAUUUGUCUACUUUUUAGUUUCAUUAGUUUUCUUUAGUUUUUUUUUGCUGCGGCUCCUGUCAUUUUACCUAUCAGGCAUGUGCUCCAUUCCUCCUCCAAACAACACCAAAAAACCCUAAAAAAACCCUUUUCAUACUUUUUUGCCUCUACAUGUUUUUGGGUUAGGAUACCAGUGAGCCUGUGGAGAACUGUAUGUUAUGAAAAGAGUCAAUUGUCUCUUCUAGUAAUGAAAUCCUUAGAUUUAGCAUUAGCUGUUUUAACCUCUUAAGGACCCCUUUGCAUUUAUAUUUUUGACUUUUCCCUGAAGGACUCAAGUUGCGGAAUGACUGAUUUUAAAGUAAAUAAGGUAUAGUGGCUAUAAUAGUAAUUUUAUUAAAUAAUUGGUUUGUGUUAUUUUUUUA